CACUCGGCCCAAUCCCCUCCGUCCCCUCGACCGAAUCCUCGCGCUCCACACCACCGCACCUCGCCGCAGCCGCCGCCGCGAUAUGGACGACGCGGAGGCGUCGGAGCUGCGGGCGCGGCUGGCCGCGGCGGUGCACGCGCUCAACUACGGGGCGCACGACCCGUCGGCGCGCCUCGCGGCCAACCAGUGGCUCCUGGGGCUGCAGCGGUCGCCGCAGGCGUGGGGGGUGGCGACCUCGCUGCUGGCGUCGUCGUCGGCGUCGCCGGACCCGCCCGCCGACCUGCUCUUCUUCGCCGCGCAGAUGCUGCGGAGGAAGAUCCAGUGCCCCGUCGUCGGUGCCGGCCCGCCGCCGCCGCUGCCGCAGCUCCUCGACGCGCUCCUCCUCGCCACGGGGCGGUUCUGCCUCGGCCCGCCGCGGCUGCUCACGCAGAUAUCCCUGGCGCUCGCGGCGCUGGCGCUCCGAGCCGAGGGCGGGGUGGACGGCCUCUUCGCGCGGAUGCGGCUCCUCCCGGACCCGGCCGUGAUGGAGCUGCUCACCGUGCUCCCCGAGGAGGUGGUGCAGGACCAGAGCGGGGACACCGGGGUGGACGCCGCGGCGCGGUGUCGGUUCACGCGCGAGCUGAUGGCGCACGCGCCCGCCGUGAUCGACUUCCUCCUCGCCCAGUCCGAGACCGCGGCCACCACCGCCAACGACCACGACCGCAACCGCAGGAUCCUCCGGUGCCUACUGAGCUGGGUCCGCGUGGGAUGCUUCUCGGAGAUGCCGGCGGCUGCGCUCGCUGCUCACCCGCUUCUCACCUUCGCGUUCAACUCGCUGCAGGUGUCCUUCUCGUUUGAUGUGGCCGUAGAGGUUAUGACCGAGCUUGUCAGUCAGUACCAAGAUCUACCUCAGGCAUUUCUAAUUAAAAUGCCGUACAUUAGAGAAGCUCUUCUUCUGCCAGCUCUUUCGAACAGAAGCGAGAAGAUUAUUGCUGGUCUUGUUUGUUUGAUAUGUGAAGUUGGUCAGGCAGCACCUGCUUUGGUUGCAGAAGGGAGUGUUCAAGCACUUGCUCUUGCCGAUGCACUUUUGAGAUGUGUAGCCUUUUCUAGUGAGGAUUGGGAGAUCGCGGAUUCAACCUUGCAAUUUUGGUGCAGUUUAUCACAUUUUAUUCUUGAGAGUGAUGCAGAAACAGACAAAAGGAAUGCUGCGCAAGAGUUAUUUUCCCCCGUGUUUUCUUCACUGCUUGAUGCACUUCUUUUCCGUGCUCAGAUUGACACCGAUGAACAUGGCACUGAUGGGGAAUUAUGCAUACCUGAUGGACUAGCACAGUUCAGACUGAACUUGGAGGAGCUUCUUGUUGAUAUUUGUUUGCUUUUAGGUGCUCCUGCAUAUAUCAAUAAGCUUUUUUCUGGUGUAUGGGGUUUGACUAGCCAAUCAAUUCCUUGGAAAGAGGUAGAAGUUCGAAUGUAUGCUCUUAGCAUGGUUGCUGACACAAUUUUACAAGAUGGAAGCCACUUUGAUUUUUCAAUCAUAAUGCAUUUUGUGAACAUUCUGUCCAGCAGAGCACAUAGUGAACUGAAUGGAUGCCUAUCCUUGGUUUACAAAUCGUUUGGUGAUGUCAUUGGUUCUUACUCAAAGUUGUUGGCAUCUUCUCAAAGUAAUAUCAAACCAUUACUCCUAUUCUGUGCUUCAGGGAUUUCAAAAUCCGUAUCAUCAAAUGCUUGCUCAUUAGCUUUGCGUAAACUUUGUGAGGAUGGUUCUUCGUUGAUGAAUGAGCCGCAGAAUCUCGAAAUUCUUUUCUGGAUCAGCAAGGGUAUGGAUGCCGGGAACCUGCGAAUAGAGGACGAGGAGGAGAUCAUUGGUGCAAUUACACAUGCUCUAUGUUCGGUUCUUGACAAAGAGUUAAGGAAAAAUUCACUGGCAAGGUUACUUUGUUCCAGCUACUCAGCAGUCGAGAAGCUUAUUGACAUAGACAGAGAUCAAUCUCUGCAACAAAAUCCAGCUGCUUACACAGAAGCAUUGAACCUUGCAGUUCAUGGUCUUUACAGGAUGGGUGCUUUAUUUGGCCAGUUGGCAACAUCAAUUACAUCUGGUCUAAUUGAUGAUGACACAGUUUUGGUUCUUCUUGGUAUAUUCUGGCCACUCCUUGAAAGACUUUCCCGAUCAUCUCAUAUGGAGAAUGUUAGUUUAUCUGCAGCUGCAUGUCGUUCGCUUUCCUUAGCAAUACAUUCUUGUGGAGAACACUUCCAAAUUUUGUUACCUAAAGUUCUGGAAUGCUUAUCAACGAAUUUCUUGCUGUUUCAAAGGCAUGACUGCUUCUUAAGAACAGCUGCCAGUGUGAUUGAAGAAUUUGGUCACAAGGAAGAAUAUGGUGCUUUAUGUGUCAGAACUUUUGAAACAUUUAGCUCUGCGGCUUCAAUAUCUUCGUUGAAUUCUUCUUACACAUGUGAUCAAGAACCUGAUCUUGUUGAAGCCUAUGCUAACUUCACAUCUACAUUUAUUCGUUGCUGUCCAAAGGAAGCUAUUGUCGUAUCUGGCUCCCUGCUUGAAUUGUCAUUUCAGAAGGCUGCUAUAUGCUCGACAGCAAUGCACCGAGGAGCAGCACUUGCUGCCAUGUCAUAUAUGUCAUGUUUUCUUGAUGUUAGUCUCGCUGCUGCGCUAGAAUCUCGAGAGUGUCUCUCUGAUUUAUCACCUGGUGUAGUGCUAGUUCAAAUUUUGGCACGCUGUGGCGAAGGUCUUAUGUCAAAUGUACUUUAUGCUCUACUUGGUGUAUCAGCCUUAUCAAGGGUGCAUAAAUCUGCAACAAUAUUGCAGCAAAUGGCAGCAUUGUGCAGCCUCUGUGAGAGAACAACAUGGAAGGGCAUUCUUUCUUGGGAUUCCAUUUGUGGAUGGCUGCAAUCAGCGGUGAAAUCUAUGCCCUCAGAGUACCUAAGGCAAGGGGAAGCUGAGAUGAUAAUUCCUUUAUGGCUCAGUGUACUUCAGGAUGCAGCCUCAGACUAUCUUCACAGUAGGAGUGGCGAUAAUGUCAGAAGCAGCCAUGCUUACAUGCAAGGGAAAGGCGGAAGAACCCUUAAGCGUAUAGUCAGAGACUUCGCCGAAAGUCAUCGGAAUGUUCCCAUGCCAUGUCCUUCAUAACAUGUUGAUGGAACUGCCAUACCCCGAUGGAACUGCCUCUGUCAGUAGUUUUGACUUCGAAGUUGUCUCUGAUCCCUGGAGGGCUUACAUGACGAUCCAAAGUGUGACUGCGUGGAACUGUCGUCCGGUAUGUCACAUAAUGUUGAUCCCAUGGUUUGAUCUCCAUAUAUCCCAUCGCUCAUCCUCUAGCCGGAUUAGGUGGUUUCAUGGUGCCUUUUGCGCAAAGACCUGGUUGGGAGUCUGAUUUUGAUUUGCAUAAUGCAUAGUAAUGCACCGAAAGGGACAAGGCACUGGUGUAAUGGUCAUUCUGCUGACUAGAGGCUGCUCUGAGAUCGAGUGGAUCACAGGUUCCUUGAGGCCAAUGACCGUUCCUCAAGUUGGAGCAUGCUUGCUAAUCUCUUGGAAAUGCAUGGUUUAGCAGGGCAUACUCCAACAUCCUCUAUUUUUUUGGAAGCUGGGAACGAAGAGGUCAGAGGUGAUUUCUUUUAGCGCUGUACAAAACAUUCAUAUGCAUUGUCUCAAAUUUUGUGUUCAUUACAUGAGUAAUAUUGGUGGGCAUUCGAUCGAAGCAACCAUCAUGUCAAGUCAAAUUAUGAGGGGGGAAAUUUUUGAGAAAUGUAAAUAUAAUUGUUAGCUCAUACCGGUCUUCCCUUUAAAACUAGAUGGGGAUUGAAAAGUUUCAUUUCAGAUAUUUAUGUGGGGAUUCGGCUGAGAUAUUCGGCAUGUUCAUGUUGAACGAGCU